ACUCAAUAAAUAAUCUCUCUCUCUCUCCUGACCUUUGAACCCUGAAGCCACCUGCUGACCUUUGAACCCUGAAGUCAGCUGACCUCUGUGUGUCCCAGUAAGGCCCUCAGCAUGUCUGUGCCUUUGGCUCCUCCUCCUGCCCUGCGUUGCCAUGGUGAUGAGGAAGAGGAGGACCUGAACAAAGCGUUUGACGUGGCGUGUUUUCAGCAGAUUCUCACGCCAGCGCCAUUCAGUCAUCCAGAGACGCAGCGAGUCUACGACGAACAUGACUUUGAAGAUCAUCGUCACUUGUCUCUUCAUGUCCAUCAACCUCUGGUCAAACCUCCCACUGACAGCAGGAGGAGGAAAGGCUCCGCCCCCAGCUCUGCCACCACCAUAGAAGAAUACCAAGAGGAAGAGGAGGAGGGUGGAGUGACCACGCCCUCCAGUGAUACACCCACCUCUUCAAGCAAUCAGAAUGGCUUCUCACCAGACUGUAUCCUGAUGAGCGUCGCCGAUGACAACGAGGUCAAAGCGCUGACAUCAGUUGACCUGGACGACAUCAAGAGUCACAGACUGGAUGAUGUUCCAGCUGUGCGACGUCCCCUGAUGAGGCGGAGCUCCAGAGUUCCAAUCAUCUACAUGAGCAGGACUGAGUCCAGUGAUCGGACACGGCUGGACCGAACUCCUCAUGAGGUCUUUGUGGAGCUGAAUGAGCUGAUGAUUGACAGGAACGAGGAGCUGCAGUGGCGGGAAACAGCUCGAUGGAUAAAGUUUGAGGAGGACGUGGAGGCGGAGUCUAAACGCUGGAGCCGCCCACACAUCGCCUCGCUCUGCUUCCGCUCACUGCUGGAGCUGAGGAGGACAAUCGCUCACGGGGCGGUGCUUCUGGACCUGAAGCAGACGACGCUGGUGGGAAUUGCAGGUCAUGUGGUCGAUCAGCUGGUGAUUUCAGAUCAGAUCAAAGACCAAGACCGAGACAACGUCCUUAGAGCUCUGCUGCUGAAACACAGUCAUCCCAGCGAUGAGAAAGAUCAUAGCUGGUUCAGCAGGAACGUCUCUGCUGCCAACAUGGCUGCCCUGAUUGACAGGCACAGCAGCCAAUCAGAGCUCUCUAAAGCUCAGACCAAUCACAGAGAGGCAGCCACGGACAGGAAGAAGAAAGAAGCCCCGUCCCUCUGUCAUGCCAGACACAAACAUGAAGUGAAGCUGAUGGAGAAGAUCCCUGAGCAGGCAGAGGCCACCGUGGUUCUCGUGGGCAGCGUGGACUUCCUGGACCGGCCCUCCGUGGCAUUUGUGCGGCUGCAGGAGGCGGUCCUUCUGGAGUCCGUUCUGGAGGUCCCCAUUCCUGUAAGGUUCCUCUUCCUGCUGCUGGGCCCGCCCAGCACAAACAUCGACUACCACCAGAUUGGACGCUCCAUCUCCACACUCAUGUCAGACAAGCACUUCCACGAGGCGGCAUACCAGGCUGAAGUCCGCCAGGACCUGCUGACCGCCAUCAACCAAUUCCUGGACCGCAGCAUUGUCCUCCCGCCCUCGGAGGUGGACGGGGAACAGCUGCUGCGCUCGGUCGCUCGAUUCCAACGUGAAAUUUUACGGAAGAGGGAGGAGGAGCAGAGCGACAAAGUGCAGGAGAAAGCCAGCAGUGGUCAGCAACAGGAGGGUUCUCUGGUUCCGUCCAAAGCUGAGGACGAGCCCCUGAGGCGUUCAGGUCGUCUGUUUGGAGGACUGAUCAAAGAUGUGACUCGGCGUUAUCCUCAGUACGUCAGUGACCUCAGAGACGCUCUGAAUGCUCAGUGCAUGGCCGCCAUCAUCUUCAUCUACUUUGCAGCACUGUCUCCUGCCAUCACCUUUGGAGGACUGUUGGGUGAGAAAACAGAGGGUCUGAUUGGUGUGUCGGAGUUGAUUGUUGCCACAGCGAUGCAGGGCCUGGUGUUCAGUGUGCUGGGUGCUCAACCUCUGCUGGUGAUCGGCUUCUCUGGACCACUGCUGGUGUUUGAAGAGGCCUUCUACACUUUCUGUAAAGUUGGUGGGAUCGAGUAUCUGACUGGACGAGUGUGGAUCGGCUUCUGGUUGGUCUUCAUUGUUCUCCUCACUGUGGCCUUUGAAGGAAGCAUCCUGGUUCGCUUUGUCUCCCGCUUCACUCAGGAGAUCUUCUCCUUCCUCAUUUCCCUCAUCUUCAUUUAUGAGACCUUUGCUAAACUGGUCAAGAUAUUUCAGGAGCAUCCUCUCCAAAACUGUUACCAUGGAAACAACACAUCUUCUUGCAACGUCACCAGUGUUACAGUGAACUCUGGGAAAGUUGUUGGAGAACCCAACACUGCUCUGCUCUCAUUGGUUCUCAUGUCAGGAACGUUCUUCAUCGCUGUUUACCUACGAAAGUUCAAGAACAGCUGCUUCUUCCCUGGCAGGCUGCGUCGGAUCAUCGGAGACUUUGGCGUUCCCAUAGCGAUCCUGAUCAUGGUGUUAGUGGACAACAGUGUGGACGACACGUACACUCAGAAACUGAGCGUGCCCAGUGGAUUCUCAGUGUCCAGUCCAGACAAACGUGGUUGGUUGGUUUCUCCUCUGGGCUCAGACGGACUCUUUCCUGUGUGGAUGAUGGUCGCCAGCGUCCUGCCUGCCAUCUUGGUUUUCAUCCUCAUCUUCAUGGAGUCACAGAUCACAGCACUGAUUGUCAGUAAGAAGGAGAGGAAACUUCUGAAGGGAACCGGUUUUCACCUGGACCUGCUCAUCAUUGUGAUGGUGGGCGGAGUCUCAGCUCUGUUUGGUCUGCCGUGGCUGUCAGCCGCCACCGUACGCUCUGUCACUCACACCAACGCCCUGACCGUCAUGAGCAAAGCCGUCGCCCCCGGCGACAAGCCCCGCAUCCAGGAAGUGAAGGAGCAGCGAGUGACCGGCUUCCUCGUGGCACUAUUAGUCGGUCUGUCCAUCGUGAUUGGGGACGUCCUGCGUCAGAUCCCCCUGGCGGUGCUCUUUGGGAUCUUCCUGUACAUGGGUGUAAUGUCUCUGAAUGGGAUCCAGCUCACAGAGAGACUCGUCCUGCUGCUCAUGCCCCCCAAGUACCACCCUGACCACGCCUACGUACGCAAGGUGCGGACGUUAAGGAUGCACCUGUUCACUGUGGUCCAGCUCACCUGUCUGUCCCUCCUGUGGGUCGUCAUGGCAACGGCGGCGGCGUUAGCGUUCCCGUUCGUGUUGCUGUUGACGAUCCCUGUAAGGAUGCUGCUGCUGCCGCGUGUCUUCAGUGGCAGAGAACUGCAGAGUCUGGAUGCUGAUGAUGUGGAGCCCCAUCUAGAGGAUAAGGAGGGACAGGACGAGUACUCACAGCUGCAGAUGCCCGUGUGAUGUGGCAGCAGUGAUCGACCUGAUUGAUCGAUCUCUCUGUCUUCCUGUUUUUAUUUGUCUCAGAUUUCAUGUAAAAAAAACAUGAACUGUCAAUAAAAACUCCUCAUGUGA